CAACAUCCACACACACACUUCUGUUCUCGAACUGCACAUACAUUACGUGGGAAGCCUACUACUGUAGAGAUAAAACAGAAGUAUAAUUGCUGCUAUGUCACUAAAGAAAAACAACAAAAAGAUAUCUGAAGGAAUGAGUAACACCCUAAACCAGCACUAUGAGGACAAGGUGCGUCCUUACAUUGAUCUUGUGGACAGUCUAAGGUCUCUAGGAGUAGAGAAGGACCUGAAUUUGCCAGCCAUUGCCGUUAUAGGUGAUCAGAGUUCGGGAAAAAGCUCCGUAUUGGAGGCCCUUUCGGGGGUGGCCUUGCCUAGAGGCACAGGUAUUGUGACCCGCUGCCCUUUGGUUUUGAAACUAAAGAGAGUUGAAAAUGGUGCCUCAUGGUCUGCAGUUCUAACAUACAAGGACCAAAUAAAGGUUCUUCAAAGACCAUCAGAUGUGGGGAGUGCUGUUUCAAGUGCUCAGAAUGCCUUGGCUGGAGAGGGGAAGGGAAUCAGUGAGCAGAUGAUCUCUCUAGAGAUCAAAUCCAGAGAAGUUCCUGAUCUCACCCUUAUUGACCUGCCAGGCAUUGCCAGAGUGGCAACAGGUGACCAGCCAAUUGACAUUGAGAAGAAGAUAAAAGACCUCAUUGAGAAAUUUAUUAAAAGACAAGAAACUAUUAGCUUGGUGGUUGUCCCUGCAAACAUUGACAUUGCCACCACUGAGGCACUGAAGAUGACAAACAAAGUGGAUCCCAAUGGACAACGAACCCUGGGCAUCCUUACCAAGCCUGACUUAGUGGAUAAAGGUGCAGAGGAGAGUGUAGUAAACACAGUAAAUAACCUGGUGAUCCCACUAAAGAAGGGCUACAUGAUCGUGAAGUGCCGUGGCCAGCAAGACAUCAAUGAGAAUCUUAGUCUGUCUAACGCUCUCCAAAAUGAGAAAAUCUUUUUUCAGGAUCAUCCACAUUUCAGACCUCUCUUGGAGGAAAGGAAAGCCACAGUGCCUGUGCUUGCAGAGAGAUUGACCAGUGAACUGGUAAAACACAUUAAUAACUUACUCCCACAGUUGCACAAACAAGUUGAGGACAAAUUGGAGAAAACAGUUAUUGAGUUAAGAACACUUGGAGAUGGAGUUCCUAAAGAAGAAACUGAGAAAAACUAUUUUCUCAUUAGGAAAAUCAAUAACUUCAACCAAGUCCUUUCAGAUGUGAUGAGAGCAGAGGAAGACACCCAAAACUUAAAGCCCAAAGUUUUCACUGAAAUCAGGUAUCAGUUUAGAAAAUGGAACAAGCAACUAGAUGACAAGGCUAUCAGACUUGCGGAAAACAUCCAUGAUGACGUUGAAGAAUACACCAAGAACUGUAGGGGAAAGGAGCUCCCUGGGUUUGUUAAUUACAGAACAUUUGAAAACAUUGUCAAGAAUGAUGUACAGGAGAUGGAGGAACCUGCUAUACAGUUACUGAAAGACAUCACUGUCAUUGUUCACUCCUGUGUGAACAAGUUGGUCAGCUCCCAUUUUGAGGCCUUUCCCAAUCUUCUGAGGGCGGCUAAAGAGCCGAUUGAGGAUCUGCUUGAACAGGAGCAUGGAAAAGCCCUAGAGAAAAUACAAUCUCAAUUUAAAAUGGAGAAGAUUGUCUAUUCACAAGAUGGCCUCUACAGCCUCAAGCUAGAGGCUGUCAAACAGAAAUCAGAAUCAGUCAAAAUGCAGAAGCAACAUUAUCUCAACAUUAGUACAGUGAAUGCUGAUGUCAAGGAGAUGGCUCAGCAUCUAAAUGCCUACUUCCAGAUCACCUCAAACCGUCUGGCCAACCAGGUGCCCCUCAUAGUGCAGUACCAUGUGCUGGACCAGUACUUCUCCCAGCUUCAGACUGCCAUGUUGAGCAUGAUCGGAGGUCAGAAUGCCAUGAAGCUUAUCCGAGAGGAUUCUGGUGUAGCUCAGCGUAGGAGGAGUUUGAAGGACCGAUUAGAGCGUCUAAGAACAGCACGGCAGCUCAUAGCCAAAUUUUUACUGUCUGUCUCAUAACUGAACUGUAAUUGUAAACAUUGUUGGAUGUUUUACAUUAUUUUUAGAAUGAUUGUAGAUAAUAGCAUUCCUGCUUUGUUAGAGUUAGCUAAAACAUUAAAUACAUGUUAAUUUGUUAUUUAAUCUGUUAUUUAAGUCAUUAUAUAGAAUCUCUUUUAGAAUUCUAAAUGUUGGGGUUUAAAG